UGGGCAGGAAGCAGACCAGCGGCCAUGCUUCCAGCAGUGACCUGGGUUCACCGGGGCCUGUCCUACCCCGCUGCGGGGCUGUGGAGACGGAUGAACAGCAGCAGGGCAGAAGGAAAGGGCAUCCUGGCCAACCGGGUCGCUGUGGUCACAGGUUCCACCUACGGGAUCGGCCUGGCCAUUGCCCGGCGUCUGGCCCAGGACGGGGCACACGUGGUGGUCAGCAGCCGGAAGCAGCAGAAUGUGGACCGGGCGGUGGCGGCGCUGCAGGGGGAGGGGCUGAGCGUGACGGGCACCGUGUGCCACGUGGGCAAGGCCGAGGACCGGGAGCGGCUGGUGGCCACGGCCCUGGAGCACUGUGGGGGCAUGGACUUCCUGGUGUGCAACGCGGCUGUCAACCCCCUGGUCCUCAACUCCGAGGGCGGGAGCACUCUGGGGGCCAGCGAGCAGGUGUGGGACAAGAUCCUGGAUGUGAACUUGAAGUCCCCAGCCCUGCUGCUGAGCCAGAUGCUGCCCCACAUAGAGAAGAGGAAGGGUGCUGUAAUCCUAGUCUCCUCCAUUGCAGCAUAUAUGCCGAUUCUGGGUCUGGGGGUCUACAAUGUCAGCAAGACAGCCCUUCUGGGGCUCACCAGGACGCUGGCCAUGGAGCUGGCCCCCAAGGGCAUCCGGGUGAACUGCUUGGUUCCAGGGCUGAUCAAAACUUCCUUCAGCCAAGUGUUACAUAAGGACGAGGCUUUCUGCAACCAGUUAAAGAAAAGCCAGCAGCUGCAGAGAAUCGGGCAGCCUGAGGACUGUGCAGGAAUCGUGUCCUUUCUCUGCUCCCCUGAUGCCAACUACAUCACUGGCGAGAACAUCGUGGUGGCCGGCUUCUCCCCAAGGCUGUGACAGGGCUCGUGGGCAGGAGUCUGAGGGUGGGUGGGUGGGGAGAUGGCUCUGGGAACUGAGUCAGGAGUGUGGCUGGGUUCACUCCUGCCAGGCUCGUCCUCAAGCAGGGCCUCCCAGUGACAGUUAAUGAUUGGGUCACUGUGAUCAGAUCAGGGUGGGGUUCUGGGUUGGGGGUCUGUGGAGCAGAUUUCACAGGGGUCAUGCUUUGGAGGGAUCCUGAGGGCUCCCAGGUAAGGGAUCCUGGUACUUCUCUCUGGGAUCCACAUGUGCUCUUAACAUUUCUUUCUGAGAAUAAACACAUGUAUUCUCAA